UUGAAAAUGUUACCCUAAAAAAGUAAACGUGAAAUUCCUUGAUUCAAAAAAGAAAAUCUGAAAAGUAGUCACAGUUAGCACAGGGACUGAUAGAAAUUGGUCCGCAACUCCGCACCGUUUGUGAUAAACCCUAUAGCCACCAUUUAAGCCCUAUUUUCAUUGUUGUUCUUCUCUUUCACUUUUAAAACCCAGAAAUGGUGAAGCUGAAUGCAGAUUUGAUUUGGAAGAGUCCUCAUUUCUUUAAUGCUAUCAAAGAGCGAGAAUUAGAUCUUCGAGGAAACAAGAUUGCAUAUAUAGAGAACUUGGGUGCAACUGAGGAUCAAUUUGACACAAUUGAUUUGUCAGACAAUGAGAUUGUAAAGCUCGAGAACUUCCCUUAUUUAAACCGAUUGGGAACUUUGUUACUGAACAACAAUAGGAUUACGCGCAUAAAUCCGAACAUAGGAGAAUAUCUGCCAAAACUGCAUACACUUGUUCUUACAAAUAAUCGACUAGUCAAUUUGGUUGAGAUUGAUCCACUUGCAUCAAUUUCAAAGCUGAAAUUUCUUAGCCUGCUGGACAAUAAUAUUACUAAGAAGCCAAAUUACCGCUUGUACGUGAUAUACAAAUUGAAAUCACUGCGUGUGCUGGACUUCAAGAAGGUGAAGCAAAAGGAACGAGAAGAGGCAGAUAAGCUCUUUUCAUCCAAGGAAGCUGAAGAAGAGGCCAAAAAAGUUGUGAAGACAGUCACAUCUGAGGAGGCACCCAUUGUCGAGGAAGUUUCAAAAGAAGAACAAGCACCCAAAGCUCCCACUCCAGAGCAAAUCAUAGCUAUCAAGGCUGCUAUUGUGAAUUCUCAAACACUUGAAGAAGUUGCCAGGCUUGAAAAGGCACUGAAGUCCGGCCAACUCCCUGCUGAUUUGAAGAUUUUUGACACAGAGAUUAAUAACAAUGCAGCUACCCAGGAUGACAAGAUUGUUACAGAUGGCCAAAAUGAGACAAAUGUGCCGUCAGAAGAUGCUGGAUUGGUCAACAAGACUGAUGAACAUACAGCCAUGGACCAAGAUUAAACGAGCUUGGGUAGGCCUCGUAAUUUGAUAUUGUCGCUUAUAUUUCUAACCCACAAACUCGGCUAUGAAGCUCCAGCUCUUUGCUUUGAAUGCUUUCCCUCCAUACAUCUAUGGCUUGAAUGUGGAGGCUACUUGAAAUGCUUAAACUCAUCAAUUUUCCACAUUAUGUGUGUGUACUGAUGUGUGACUUCAGAUAUUAAUCAUAUUAUACAGAGAAGCUGUGUUUUGGCAACAGAAUAGUAAAAACUGGAGACACUAGGCCGCUGUAGUAUCUUAGUUCUUGUACAUUUCAGAUUUGAAAGUUCUAUCCAAAGCCAAAAUUUUCUAGCCCGUUAUUUCCUUAGUGAUGUAGUGGAAGGUUUGGGCAACCAAUCAAAUUGGUUUGGGAGCUGUACAUCUGUGUUUGCUUCUUUUUAUUGUAAUUUGGUUCUAAAAUGAUUGUAUCUGGACCGACCUUUAAACCCUCGAGAUGUUAUGUUUGUGACUGGAAUCAUCUUUUGCAAUUCGUAACUACUAAUGCAACAAAAUUCCAACAAA